ACUCCCAGGUGUCCCUGCGGCUGCUUUCCUCGCUUACUGUGGUCGGGCAAGCGGGGCCUACAACUCCCUGCGGUCCUCACGGCGACGUCUCUCGCUCCGCCUACGGCUCCCAGAGGGCUCCAUGCCUCCCCGGUUCGAUUCCCGGGUGCGCUUGCGCGUGAGCAGAAUGGAACAGCAGAGGGGGCUCCUGUUGUUAUUUCUGGGGGUGCAGCUGCUGUUGGUGGGAAUGUUCCUCUACCAGAACCACCGCGGCCAGGGCUUCACCUCCUUCCUGCGCUUCCUAAUACAAGCCAAGCCAGAGGAAGCAGAGGGGCUGCCUUUCCUGGCUCAGGUUGCCUCUGCCGGACUCCCUUCCUGGGACGUGUACUCCAACCUCAGCCAGAUCCACCCCAUGGACCUCAGCGACGAGGAUCUGCCUAACUGCCCCGCCAUCUCGCCCUACAUUAAUGGCCCCCUGAAGGUGAUGAUCCCAGAGAACCUGACGAUGGAGCAAGUGGUGGAAAAGAACCCCCUGGUGGAGCUGGGAGGCCAGUACUGGCCACCCGACUGCUGGACACACCACCACACCGCAGUAGUGGUGCCCUACUAUGGGCAGGCCCGGCACCUGCAGCAUCUGCUCUUCCACCUGCACCCCUUCCUGCAGCGCCAGCAACUGCACUAUGGCAUCUACGUGGUGAACCAGGUGAACAGCACUGCCUUCAACCGGGGCAAGCUGCGCAAUGUGGGCUUCUGGGAGGCCAUGCAGGAUGAGGACUGGGACUGUGUCUUCUUCCACGACGUGAACCUACUCCCAGAGGACGACCGCAACCUCUACAUCUGUGACAUCUUCCCUGCCCAUGUGGCGGUGGCCAUUGACAAGUUCAACUACAAGCUGCCCUACCGAGGCUACCUGGGAGGGGUGUUUGCCCUGCGGCCCAUUCACUACCUGAGGAUAAAUGGCUUCCCCAGCACACACUGGGGCUGGGGUCGUGAGGACGAUGACAUCGCUGCCAGUCCUGGCCUUCAGGCUCUGAUCCGCCACAAGUGGCGGCCCAAUGGCACAGACUUGCUGGACUACAGACUGCUCUCCAAGGAGCUGCAACCCCUCUACACCAAUCUCACUGUGGACAUCAGCCCCUCGGUGCCCGGCUGACGGCUGUCUGGAGGCGGGGCUGGAAUCCCCCACCCCUCCCACCCAGCACAUCUGGAUUCUUUCUUUCUUUCUUUUUUUUUGGGCAUUGGGUUUCUUUCCCGCAGCCUCACCCCCCCAACCUGGCUUCGUAUUAAAGGAGGGUUUAUUGUAAUACUCGCUUCUCCUCUCUGCCAUCCCUAACCUGCGUCCUCCCAUUUCCAUCCAUUCAGUCUCACCCCAAUGCCCCAGAUUCUAGUUCUCUCCUUGCAGUUCAAAGUGCUUAAGGCAUAUCCACCCGUGUGCACCUCACAAGAACUUGUGGGGUAGCGCUGCUGUCAUCUUCCUUUUGAAAGCCAGGGCAGGUGAGUUAAAUACAUUUCCUGAUGGGUAGAGAACCAAGUACAGGAACCUGGCUCCUGGGCCUGUCCAUUACAGAUCAUGCUCUUCUGCUGCUUUCUUGGGGAAAGUGGGAAAAGGAAGGAAUUAUAAAAAAAAUGUGAGGAUAGUUGAAUAAAUUACAGUGUGUCCACAUACUGGUAGAAAACCAAUGCAGUCAUUGCAGCAGCAGUAUUAGAGUGAAAAGAAUGAGUGCAUAUAUGUGUAUGAUAUGGUCUGAUAUUUGUGAAAAUACUUAUAUAGGUAUGUGCUUAUGAGCAUCGUAAUGAGUGUGUG